AUGAGAGAGAGAAUUAUAUUUGUUGUGGAUACAGGACAAGAGUCUGGAUGUGAACUUAUUAGAGAAUCUGUUGAUUCUUACAUAACAAGACUGGAUUGCACUAAACAUCUUUUGGCUCGCUUUGUUCUUCAGAAACUCAUCAUGAACAGUCGUCAUGAGUUUGGUAUAUGUUGCUUUACCAACACUGUGUCUUGGCAUCUGAAACCUACAAAUAAUCCACUCGCUGUUCAGGAUGCAAUCUGCACUCUUGCUUUCCAAAACCUAACAUUCCCUGUUUGCAAUCUAACAAGUCUGUUUGAGCUCAUUAUGUCGGAAUUGCCUUUACAGGAAAGCGAUUAUUCUCUUCGAGUAAUUCUUAUUUAUGCUCGAAGUCAUCAAAUACCAAUCUGUCCAUCUAAACAAGAGAUUGAACAAUUUUACAAUGCAAACCCAAAAUGUUUUAUUGAUACUGUGUAUUUGCAUGAUGUAUCUGAAGACUCAAACUCGGUUGUACGCAUCUUUGAUGUGUUGGGAUGUCUAGAAAAUAGCAAAAGCAAACAUGUUGAAUUGACAAGGCAUCGGUCGAGGUUUCUUCGUGGAAUGACCGAGCUUUUAAGUAAUCCGUUGCAACGAUUGGAAUCCUCGGCAUACAAAUGGGUCAUUGUACCAGAAGAUUGA